CCAGACGAUUUUGCAGAAGAGGAGGAGGUGCAGUCUUUUGGCUACAAGAGGUUUGGUAUUCAAGAGGGGACUCAAUGUACCAAAUGUAAAAAUAACUGGGCACUGAAGUUUUCCAUCAUCUUAUUAUAUAUUUUAUGUGCCCUGUUAACAAUUACAGUAGCCAUUCUGGGAUACAAAGUUGUAGAAAAAAUGGACAAUGUGACAGGUGGCCUGGAAACAUCCCACAGAAGAUACACAGAAAAACUCACAGAGGUGGAGAGUGGUCUGAAGAAAUUAGAUGACCAAGCUGGACAAAAAGCCAUGAAUACAAACACUGAACUGUCUAGCUUCAGAUCAGAUAUUCUGGCUCUUCGUCAGCAGCUUCAUGACAUUGCAGAGAAAACUACCAGAAACAAAGAUACACUGGAGAAGCUGCAAGAGUCUGAAAAUGUGUUAGAUGAUAGACAGAGCCAAAUGAAAAGUGUCUUAGAUAGCAACUCUUUCAUGAUCAUCAGUGUCAAUAAGACUCUUCAGGCAUAUACUGGCUAUAUCAACAAUCUUCAACAGGACACAAGUAAUAUACAAACAAAUCUGCAAAACCAAGUGCACUCUCAUAAUGUGGUCAUCAUGAACCUAAACAACUUAAACCUGACACAAAUACAGCAAAGAAAUCUUAUAAGUGCUCUGCAGAAAUCAAUGGAAGAUACAAGUUUGGCCAUUCUAAGAAUCAAGAAUGACUUUCAAAAUCUGCAACAGGUUGUUCUUCAAGCCCGGAAGGACACAGAUUGGCUUAAGGAGAAAGUACAAAAUUUACAGACUUUGGCAGCCAACAACUCAGCAUUGGCAAAAGCUAACAAUGAUACACUUGAAGACAUGAACAAUCAGCUCAGCUCCUUCAGUGGGCAACUGGAGAACAUCACCACAAUAGCCCAAGCAAAUGAACAAAAUCUAAAGGAUCUCCAGGAACAACAUAAAGAAUAUGAAAACAGAACUGCUGCCAAAUUCAACCAGCUAGAAGAGCGGGUACAAGUCUUUGAAACUGAUAUAGUCAACAUCAUUAGCAACAUCAGCUACACCGCUCACCAUCUACGGACACUGACUAGCAAUCUCAAUGAGGUCAGGACAACUUGUACAGACACCUUAAGUAAACAUUCAGAUGAGCUGAUUUUUAUGAACAGCACACUAGCCAAUAUUCGCUUAGACUCUGCAUCUCUCAAGGUGCAGCAGGAUUUGAUGAGGUCAAGACUAGAUGUUGAAGUUGCCAAUUUGUCAGUAAUUAUGGAAGAAAUGAAGCUGGUAGAUUCCAAACAUGGCCAGCUCAUCAAGAACUUCACUAUCCUGCAAGGUCCUCCUGGUCCAAGGGGACCUAAAGGUGACAGAGGAGCUGUAGGUCCUCUUGGCCCCGCUGGUGUAAAAGGACAAAAAGGAGAGAAAGGAGAGCCAGGACCUCCAGGACCUGCAGGCGAAAAGGGCCCACCUGGGCCAACUGGGCCACCAGGAGAAAAAGGAGGGAAAGGUUCAAGAGGAUCACCUGGCUCCAAAGGUCAAAGAGGCUCUCCUGGAAAGACAGGUCUGCCAGGACCAAGUGGAGAUCCAGGGCCACCAGGGCCACAAGGAAAAGACGGUCCUCCUGGGCCACAAGGCCCACCAGGAUUUCAAGGACUGCAAGGAACAGUGGGAGAGCCAGGGGUGCCUGGAGCUCGAGGACUGCCUGGGCUACCUGGAGUCCCUGGGCUGCCUGGUCAGAAUGAACCUACAUCAGUGCCUGAGGCUAAUGGUUGUUCUCCUCACUGGAAGAACUUUACAGAAAAGUGUUACUACUUUUCAAAUGAAAGAGAAAUUUUUGAAGAGGCAAAGCUAUUCUGUGAAGAGAAGGCGUCGCGCUUGGUUAUCAUAGACAACAAAGAGGAACAGCAAUGGAUAAAAAGGCAGAUUCUUGGGAAAGGCAGCUUCUGGAUUGGACUUACAGAUUCAGAGAAGGAAAAUGAAUGGAGAUGGCUGGAUGGAUCCUUACCGGUUUACACAAACUGGAAAACUGGGCAACCUGAUAACUGGAGCCAUGGGCACGGGCCAGGGGAAGAUUGCGCCGGGUUAAUCUACGCUGGGUUCUGGAAUGACUUUUACUGUGAAGAUGUUAACAAUUUCAUUUGUGAAAAAGACAUGGACAAAGCGCAAAUAUUUGGAGUGUAAGAGGCUGCGAAUUUACAGAUAUCUUCAUAUUAUGGAACUCUCCUUAAAGAAGAAGAAAGAUCGUGGGAGAGAUCAACA